AUGGUGGCCAUGGUGGUGCCGCUGCGGCAGUCGCGGCAGCAGGCAGGAUCCAGCAGUCCCCGGUGCAAUCUCGUCCCUGCCCCGAGGGCUGGUGCCGGUUCACUGGAUAUGGCCCUCGCCCCGGCCAGUUUGCGAGAUGCUGCCUCCAUAAUCCAGCCACGUCCCUGCCACCUUGACCGGGACAGUCCUGCAGUGGAAGGCGCUGCCAAAGGCGAGGCCGAGAAGCGGCUGAGUGUGCAGUACACCCCGGGCGAGGAAUGCCCCGACAACGUCUUCUUCCCCAGCACGCGGCCCCCGCACCUGGAAGAGCUGCACAACCAGGCCCAGCAGGGACUGAAGUCCCUGCAGCACCAGGAGAAGCAGAAGCAGACCAAAAGUGCCUGGGACCACGGGGACACCAGCAGCCUCCAGACCGCGCAGCUCUUUGGCAGCUGCUGGUGCCUCUCCGGGCUGUGCCGAGCGCUUGAGCCUGACUUGUCCUGGAGCAUCUCCGGCAGUGGUUCCACCUUCCGACCACAUGACUCCUUUCCCAAAUCCUCGGAAAGGGCUGGCAAGAAGAGGAAGGAGAGGAGGACGACGGUGCUGGGCAUCCCCCAGCAUGUCCAGAAGGAGCUGGGUCUCAGGAACAGCCGGGAAGCCAAGGGACGCCCCGACGCUGAUGGGCGAGGGCAGGCGGGGCGCGGGGGCAGCCAGGCGCCGCAGCUCUUGCUGAAUGGCGGGCAGGUCUCCGGCGACGCCAUCCGCAUCCCCACCAUCGACGGGAAGCUGCAGCCACUGGCUGUCCCCGGGGGCGCCCGCGUCUGCCUGGGAGCCUUGGAAGAGGAGGAUGCGGCCCUGCAGAAGCACAUCAACCGGGUUUACUAUGACGACAUGUUGCUGGGGAGGAAGACGGCGGCCAAGCUGUCACCCAUGGCGAGGCCAAAGUCACUGGCCGUGCCGGGCAUGACCACCAACACCAGCCCUCCAGAGCUGCUGAGCCCCGUCAUGUCCAUCUCACCCCAGGGUACCUACAUGUCCAAGAUCAUCCCCAACGCCAUCCUGCCGCCCACGGUAGACGUGGUGGCCCUGACACGGAGCAGCGUGCGGACACUGAGCCGCUGCAGCUUGGUGUCAUCCAGCCCGGCCUCGGUGCGCUCCCUCGCCCGCUUCUCGGAGCGCAGCACCCGCAGCCGUGAGCCCUCCUCCUCCAGCGACAACUGGAGCCACUCACAGUCCACAGAGACCAUCGUCUCCAACAGCUCCACCAUCUCCUCCCACGGCGGCUCUGGGCAGCCCGAGAGCAGCACCAGCAGCACACCCGCACAUGCUGUCCCCAUCAGGACAAGCGGGCAGGGUGUCCGGUCCGUGGCACAACUGGGAGCGAGCUGA